GGCUGGUUUUUGCAUGAACCACAUAAAGGUUAAACAACAACAGUAUAUAAAGUUAUAAACAACAUAUCCUUAUGGAGAGCUGUUCCAGUAAGGAUAACAGAGGUUGAAAUAAUGUCUGGGUUUUUCUUUACAUGGCUGCUUUGUUUCAUCAUUUUUAAUGGUUACUCAGAGGGUAGCCAUGGAUAUCAGCAACAGCAAUCUGCUGUUGUUGUUGGAACUGUGUACUGUGAUACAUGUUUCCAGUCUGACUUCUCAAGGCCAACCCAUUUCAUUUCAGGUGCAACUGUUGCAGUCGAAUGCAAAGAUGGGAAAAGCUCAAGGGCAAGCUUUAGGCAACAAGUGAAAACCAAUAGGCAUGGGGAAUUCAAGGUUCAUUUGCCUUUUUCUGUGAGCAAACAUGUGAAGAAAAUCGAGGGAUGUGAAGUUAAACUCAUUAAAAGCAGUGAACCAUAUUGUGCAGUGGCCUCAUCUGCUACUUCCUCUUCACUCCAUCUCAAGUCAAGGAAGCAAGGAACCCAUGUUUUCUCAGCUGGGUUUUUCACCUUCAAGCCAUUCAAACAGCCAACCUUAUGCAGCCAAAAACCAAGUGUUCAUCCCAACCAGCUUCUUCCGCCGCCCAUUCUUCCUCCAAACCCACUUCUGCCGCCGCCCAUUCUUCCUCCAAACCCACUUCUGCCACCCCCAGUGCUCCCUCCUAACCCAUUUCAGCCGCCACCAGCUCCACUAGUUCCAAACCCAUUGCAGCCUCCACCAGCUCCACUAGUUCCAGACCCAUUGCAGCCUCCUCCAGAACCUGCAGCACCAUCCUUGCCGCCGGUUCCAGGACUAGCUCCUCCACCAUCGUCCCCGUCUCCACCACCAGACUUCCCAUUUCCUCUUCCACCAUUCCCUUUCCUUCCUGUACCCCCCUUCCCAGGUGUGCCCCCAUCGAAAUCUUCUCCUUGAUUAAAUACAUAUAGUAGCAUUCCUCCAUGUAUAAUUCUCCAAUAAUAUAGUAAUGUAAUUUGUUUUUAGCACCAAUUCCCAAUAACAAUCCCUGUGACACAAUGAUUGUAGUAUAAUAAAUUCAAUCCUGGAGUUGACUCCAGGAUUUACGUUACAA